AUGGUCAAGGACAAUGGCUCUAUGUGCCGGCAGGACAGCCAGCUCCGGCCGCUGAUGCGGCACCGCCGCCUCGGCCUGACAGCCCCGCCGCUGCUACCUCAGGCGGCUUGGCUUCUGGACGGAGACGACGGCGACAGCGCCGGCCCCGUGGUGGGCCUCCUUCUGGCGAUGGUGCUUCGGAGAGGUGAUGAGCCCCCACGAUUACCCGAUCCUCCGCUACCUCUUCCCGAGGCUGAGCACCCGCGUCACCUGCUGACCUUGGACGACGUGAAGGCUGCUACCCCUGCAGGCCGCGACAAGGCUUCAACGGCGACGUGGAACAGCCGGAUGGGACCUGAGAAGAACGUGCGCUGGCGUGGCGGUACGCCACCGCCCCCGCCAGCAUGGAAGUACGACGUGACAGACCUGCGGGCUUUCUCCAAGUGGGCCCGCAAAGUUGAGAUCUGGCGGGUCCAGAUCAAGAGCUACAUGACGGCUCGCGACGCCUCCCUUCUCCUUUACACCAGCCUUUCUGGAGAAGCCGAGGCGGAACUCGAGCACGCCCCCUUGGAUCGCAUCAACCACGAGAACGGUAUCGACUACAUCUUGGAGACCCUGAAGGCCCCCAUGGAGCAGAAGGGGGUGUACCAGAAGCGCAAGUUCCUUUCGGACUUUGAGCAGCUUAAUCGCUACCCCGGGGAAGGCCUCAGGACAUUUGCCAAUAGGUACCGCCGUGUGGAGCGAUCCUUGGAAGCGCUCGGCGUCAACAUCACUGGUAUGUAUGACACCGAGGCCAGAGGCAACAGGCUGCUCGAGCGAGCCCGUUUGACUAUGCAGGACCAGCGCCUCAUCCUGGUGGGCGCCCGCCACAGCUUGGCCUUCGACGACAUCUCGGAGAGCAUGGUGCUACAGUACCCCGAGUUCAAGGCGGCGCCCCCGGUGGUGAACAAGGACGGCUCCCUUGCGACCAAGCCCCACGCUGGCCCUCGCGACAAAGGAGGCAAAGGAGCACCUCAACAAGGCCAGCCGAGCGCUGGCAAGGGCUACUUCCAGAACCGCGGCGACCGUGGACAGGCACCUCCCAAGAAGGUCUUCGUCACCGAGGAAGCCCCCGAGCAGGACGGCGACCCCGCCGACGAGGAGGACGACCAGCAGGACCACGACGGGGAACCGGCCGAGGACCAGGUACCCGAGCCCGACGGCGACCCGGAGGAGCCCGACCACGGCGCCUGCGGCGAGAAGGGACAUUGGAAGGGCGACGCCGAAUGCCCCAUGACGGUCAAGCCCGGCGCGCCACCCUCUCGGCCGGGACCCUCGGCACCUUCUUCGAGCACCUCCAAGCCCGGACCGCCAGCCAGACACGACAAGACCAAGAAGCCUCCGCACCAGACCUUCUACAUGAGAGACGCCGGCACCUACGAAGCCACCGACAGCCCCGACUACGGGUUUUUCCCAGAUGACGACAUGCUGUGGGAGAAGGAACACGGCCAGGAGCUUCGAAAGCACGGCCUUUGCAGCUACCAGGUUCCCUGCACCGACGCCUUCCAGUUUGGGAGCGGCGGCCCGCUUAAAGCAGCUAGGCGCUCCUAUUUGCCAAUCGGCCUGGGGGGCACCAACUUGAUCGUGGGAGCCGGCGCCGUGGAUGCAAAAGUGCCUCUGCUCGCUUCCAAUAGGCUCUUGGACCAACUUGGCAUGGUACUCGACCUUCCCCGCGACCUAGUGUGCUUCGAGACGUCUGUGACAGUGCCUUUGUAUAGGAUCUCUGGUCACCUUGCUGUGCGUAUCACUGACUUCAGCCAGAGCCCUUCUUGGAGACAGCUGCAAGAAGCCGUGAACUGGGAAUCCCCGCCCGCAGAGCUUGCGGCCCGAGACACUUCGAAUCCGACUUCAGGGCCCGAUCUUUCUUUUCAUGAUCGGGGUGACCUCGCGCCUCCCUCCGCCUCCUGCAUGGCUGCGCUGCUGGCGACGCCUGGUCACCCACCUGAUGAUGUUCCGCCGGGAGGUCUUCAAGAGCCUGGCAACGGCCGUGAACCUCGACAUCCUUCCGGUCAACCUCUUCACCACGAUUCCCCCGGAGCUCGACGUGCAGUUCGCUUUCCCCGUGAGCAAGUGCGACCAUCCGGACUAUGUCCGCUACGGCAACGCCUACGGGAAGUUCGCCAAGUGCAAGCGGUGCCACCGGAGGCUCCGUUGGAACGACAGCCGAGCCGCGUGGGAGGACCAUCCCGACAAAAGGUUCGACACUUCGCUGCUAACUUCGCGACCGCCCUUGCCCUCCUCAUCCAAUAUUGCACCGGCGGAACCAGCAUCGAGCAGCAGGCCGUCCCAGCCUUCAGCCCGGACUUCUUUGAAGGCGGCGUCGACCAAGGCUUCACCCAAGAAGCGCUCGGCACGGCGAGCGUCGGCAAGCAGCGCUUCCGAGAUGGAACUGGACCACUGGAAGCUCCUGCAAGCGGAGGAGGAGUCGGAAGCGUUCGACUGGAACGAGGCCGCAUGAAGCGGCUUAAGGGCAGCUGGUUUCGGUCGGCACGGCACAUCUACGACCAGGCCCCAACGACCUCGAGCCGGCCGCCUCCGACCGUCGAUGUGCUGACGGUCACUCCAGACACCCGGGCCUUGCGACCGGCCCUCGCGAUGCAGUCGAUGACUUCGGCCAGCCUUAGCCCGAGCACUCUGGACGCCAUGGGCCGCCAACCUGAGGGAGAGAGAGAUGCACUACGAGUUCUUCGGCGCCUUCGGCCCCACGUCACCUACCUCUCGUACCUCGACUUCUUCCCGGGCGACCUCUUCAACCUCAGCGUCCAGAAGAUACUGCCGGAGCCCAUUGUGAUACCAUGGCACGAUGGCUCAGAGCAGACCGUGCGGCUCUAUACCAACAUUCCUGGAGCACGGGCCCGGUUCACCGACAACACCGCCUCCGAUCAGGACCUGCCGGACCGCAUCACUUACAUGAUUCGGGACUACGUGACGGCCAAGGAGCCCCUGCGCUUUGGCAUCUUCGAGGCGUUCGUGAACUACCAGACCCCGGUCACCGAGCUGACCGCGUGGAACGAAAUGGCUGACAUGCUCCAGAAGUCUUUUGGCAGCUCCAGCACUCGGCCCUUCUAUGUGGACCCGGCCGGAGAGGUGGGCAAGAAGAUCGGCGAGUUGUUUCGGCUGCAGCUCAACCGCAUACAGUGUGUGCAGACACCCACGCAAAGACGGAUGCCGCCCGAUCUGCCCUACACCGCUCGGGGAGCGUUCUUGAUUUUUUCUGAUGGGUCGCGGGCGGUGGAGGUAGAGGAUCUUAAUUUGAUCCAGCACCCCAAGCAACGCUUUUCGAAACCGGUGAAAUACGCUAUCUUCGCCUACGGCGACCUUCUGGAAGAGACCGCCCAACCGGCUGAACGAACACUGCCAGAAGCCCCGGUUCCAGGCAUGCCCACUGAUAUUUCGUUCCCUGGCCUCUCGGCCACGGUGCCCUUAGAGGUCAGGCGUGCAAUCGCACGUGCCCAUGUGAAUCUCGGGCACGCUUCUCCUGAAGAACUUCUUCGGCUUGCGGUCCAAACUGGGACGCCCAGCGACCUCUUCCUGCAAGCCAUCCGCCGCAUGAGGUGCGCCACGUGUGAACGCCUUCGGGGACCUCAACAACCACCACCUGCAACCUCAGCCGCCAAGGUCACGCAGUUCGGCGACCGUGUGGAGGCCGACAUCUUCUACAUUCGUGACCUUCGAGGCCGCUCAGUUCCGGUACUUGGCGUGGUGGACUGUGCCACGAGGCUGCAGCAAGCUGCCGUGCUACCUUCGCGGGACCCCGAGGACCUUUAUGAGGCUCUGGAACGCGUGUGGCUGAGGCCCUUUGGGCUCAUGGUGGAGAUUGCCGUGGACCCUGACGGCUCAUUUCAAGGAGCCUUCGAGGAGCGACUUCGAUCACACGGCGUGCUGGUAAACUUCUGCCCGGCAGACGCCCACUGGAGGAUAGGCCAGGUCGAGCGUCAAAAUUCUUUCCUCCGGCUGCCUGGUGGCCUCUUUACCGACGAGCACUUUUUGGCCAGUACACCGACCACAGAUGCCGCCGCCUCCGCCGAGAUAGUGCGCUCCGAAGCCCUCAAGGUGAUCUGCGAUCUCAACGUGAAGCAAGGUCUCCGCAGGGUGGAGAAAGCGAGGCAUAAAGAAGCGAGGCGGCUGGAUCACUGCCAAGUUCCUGAGCUGGGACCCCAGCUCACCUGGGAAGCUGGCAUGGGUCUGAAGGACGCGGCAAAGACGCUCGACCAGUCGCUGUGGGCCGACGAGACAGGCCCUGAACCAUCGAAGCGCGAGCUCGAGCAGGACGAGCCCGACAUGGAGCAAGUGACCUUCGACAACAUGGGCCCCGACAUGGCUGCCGCAACCAUGGCUGCGAUUCCUGCCGCAGUCGAACCACAACGACAACUACCGAGCAGCGACCUUAACAUUCAGCAGAGGACCCAGACGGUUGUGAUUCAGCCCCACGUGCAGCAGACCAUCAUCCAGAACACCGCUCGCUUGGGAGACCCAGCGCAGGGCUCGAGACGAGCCACGUCAAUGCCGAGAACGCCACGCGUCGGUCUUGAGUCUGCGCAGUACGAGUCGGCUCCCUUUAACGAAAUCCCUGGAUUCGAAGAGGAACCUCCCGUACCACCACCACCUCACGCUCAGGGCGCCGAAGAAGCACAGCACGAAGUUCCCGAACCUCCUGUACCACAAGCUCCACAGCCGCAGUCAGUGUCCAGCUCUUCACGACCCCCGACGACGCCUGUGACCAGCCAGCCGAGCUCGGGAACCGAACCUGGAGGCAACCUUCUUCCGGCUAAGCGCCCUUUUGAGACACUGGCUACCCUCUUCUACGAGGACGGCUGCCUUCACCACUGUGUGCCGGGCGAGAUACUGGAGCAAGGCUAUGGCCCUAAAUUCGAGACCUUCUAUGAGGCAUACCUUUCUUCGACCCAGCGCAAGGACGACCUCGCCGGCAGCAGCAAGGACCCCACCGAGACGGACACAAGCGACUCGGACUGGGACGACGAGGCACCGACCAAAGGGAACAAGCCCAUGAGACGAGCUGAAGCUAAGGCUUUGGACCGUGAGAUACCGUGGCGGAAGAUCCUCGAGAUGAGCGAGGCAGACAUUGAAGCAUUCAAGGCCGCCACCAUCAAGGAGGCCAAAAGCUGGGAGGAGUGGGGAUCUGUCAAGCCGCUCACCCACCAGGAGGCCCAGAAAGUUUUGCGAGACAAGGUGCUGUGCAAGCGCAUUUUGCGCACGAGAAGCUGUUUUCGAGACAAGAGCCGGGGACUUUCCCAGCUCAUGCCAAAGUGCAGGGUCGUGGCACUGGGCCAUAAGGACCCGGAUAUUUUCCGGCUGAACCGGGAGUGUGCCACACCCAACCGGACCUCGGAACACGUCCUGUUUUGCAUCAUGACGGCCGGGAGCAACAAGGAGUUCGACGACACCGGCCUCCUUUGGAAAGGCUGGAGCGGCGACGCUUCGACCGCCUUUUUACAAGGCGACAUCGCCGCCUCAGAGAGGGAGCAACCACUAUACCUCCUGCCACCGAACGACGGCAUCACUUCAUUGACUCCUUGCUGGAAGGCUCCACUCUACCUCGUGUGCACCAACAUCUACGGCUUGAGCAACGCACCCAGGCUUUGGUCUUUGACGGUCAUCUCCCGACUGAAAGACCUGGACUACCGCCAGCACUCUUUCGACAAGAUGGUCUUUCUAAAGUUCAAGGACGACCGCCUCAUCUCCAUCAUCGAUUAUGAUAUCACUGAGGUGACUAAUGCCUUCCGCUGGGGCGUGCUCCACUCUUUCGAGGUGGGCAAGACGGUGACCUUCAAAGGAAAGCAGCUCACCUUGGAGAAGAAGGAGACGGGCCGCAUCGUGAUGCGAGUGUGCCAAAGGGAGUUCAUCGAAGGCCUCGACCCAGGCCGUGUCCCUCGCGGAAGCGACCUGACUCAGGUGUUGGACCCACAGCAGCGUGGCGAGUUCCGCAGUCUUGCCGGCUGCCUCCAGUGGCUGAGUGGACAAUCUCGACCUGAACUCUCGGCGGUCAACUCACUAGCAAACCACGGCGCUCAGACCACCCUCGGUGACCUUCGCGACCUCUACGAGGCUGUGGACUUCGCCAGGAAGACCAAGGAGUACGGGUUUGUGGUGCAAGACGUGCCGCUGAACCGCGCCACCGUCAUCCUGGCCUACAGUGACGCUAGCUGGGCGAACGCACAAGAAAGCCGCUCUCAAUGUGGAGCACUCGUGGUGUUAUGCCACGCUUCGGUACUUCAGAAACAGGUGCCGGCCAUGGUGGUGGACUGGAAGUCUUCAAGAUCCCAAAGGGUUUGCCGCUCCACCCUCGCCUCCGAGAGCUGCGCUGCCGACGAAGCUUGCGACAGAAGCGCAUACUUGAACAUGUACCUGGGCGAGAUUCUCUACAAUGUGCCGGCACACCGUGUGGGAUACCGACUUCACAACCUCGGCGCCACUGACGCCAAGUCCCUCUACGACGUCGUGGUGAGCGACACACCGAACUUGAGCGACAAACGUUCGCUCGUUAAUAUCCGUGCCAUCCAGGAGGUCGUAUCAUCCGACCGCUACCACUGGGUACCCACUACUUUGAUGUGGGCUGACGGGCUGACGAAACACAGCCCUGAACUUUUGGUCAGCCUCUUUGAGUGGCUUCAAGAGCCGACGGCGACCCUAAAGGAGUAG